GCUACCGCUGCAGCCUGCCGUAAAGGAAGACGCGUUACCGACCCGACGUUCAAGCAGUCCGGUUAGCCCCGAGUGAGACGCUGCGCGUGAGCCCAGAACUCUUCCGUCAUGUCCGGGGUGCUCGCGAGGCUGCUCUUCUACCCGACGUUGGCGUACAACGUCCUCCUGGAGAAGAUGACGUCCAGACGCUGGUUCGACCGGGUGGACGAGACCGUGAUCCUCGGAGCGCUGCCGUUCAGGUCCAUCACCAAACAGCUGGUAGAAACAGAAAACGUCCGCGGGGUCAUCACCAUGAACGAGGAGUACGAGACCAAAUAUUUCUGCAACUCGGCCGAGGAGUGGCGAGCGGCGGGGGCGGAGCAGCUGAGGCUGAGCACGGUGGACUACACCGGCGUGCCCAGCUUGGAGCACCUGUGCAGCGGCGUGGAGUUCGCCCUGUGGCACCGGGAGCGAGGGAGCAGCGUGUACGUCCACUGCAAGGCCGGGCGCUCCCGCAGCGCCACCAUGGCCGCCGCCUACCUCAUACGGGUGCACCGCUGGACUCCAGAGGAAGCCUGUCGGAAACUGGCGUCGGUCCGGCCGCACAUCCUGGUGCGCGCCGCUCAGCUUGAGAUGCUGAGGAAGUACUACCAGCAGGUGUGCCAACAGUCCAGCUGAGAGACCAGGAGGGGAAGGGGGGGGGGGG